CACUGAUGUUGGUCUCUGUUUCUUGCACUGACGCUUAGCAGUUUGGGUUUGUUGGUUGGUUGGUUUGGUUUGGGAUUAUUGCUUUGGGUAGCCCAAAAAGAUGGGUUCUCGUCUGUCCCUUUUCAUGCUUCUGUUUCUUCUUUCUUGCUUGACUACUCUGCUUCUCGCCAAUGGCAACCCUGCCCACCAUUACCACCGCCCUCGGUUCACCAGACACAACUACAAAGAUGCACUCACAAAAAGCAUCCUCUUUUUUGAAGGGCAGAGGUCAGGGAAACUCCCUCCUAACCAGAGAAUAACUUGGAGGAGAGACUCUGGUCUCUCAGAUGGCUCAGCCAUGAAUGUUGAUUUGGUUGGUGGAUACUACGACGCAGGAGACAAUGUCAAGUUUGGGUUCCCCAUGGCUUUCACUACCACCAUGCUUUCAUGGAGUGUUAUUGAGUUUGGUGGCUUAAUGAAAGGUGAGUUGCAGAACGCAAAGCAGGCCAUUCGUUGGGGUACAGAUUAUCUUCUCAAGGCCACAGCUCACCCAGACACCAUUUACGUUCAGGUGGGUGAGGCUAACAAGGAUCAUUCUUGCUGGGAGAGACCUGAAGACAUGGAUACCCCGAGAAGUGUUUUCAAGAUUGAUAAAAACAACCCCGGUACUGAAGUGGCAGCAGAAACUGCUGCAGCUUUGGCUUCUGCCUCUUUGGUCUUCAGAAGAAGUGACCCUACCUAUUCCAAACUUUUGGUCAGAAGGGCUAUGAGGGUGUUUGCUUUUGCUGAUAAGUACAGAGGCGCUUAUAGCAAGGGGCUGAGAAGAUACGUAUGCCCCUUUUAUUGCUCCUUCUCUGGUUAUGAGGAUGAGCUAUUAUGGGGUGCUGCUUGGCUUCAUAGGGCAACCAAGAACCCAUCCUAUCUUAACUACAUUCAAGUUAAUGGACAGGCCCUUGGAGCUGCAGACUACGAUAACACCUUUGGUUGGGACAACAAACAUGUUGGAGCAAGAAUUCUUCUCUCCAAGGCAUUUCUUGUGCAAAGGGUUCAGUCCCUCCAUGACUACAAGGGCCAUGCAGAUAAUUUUAUUUGCUCUCUGGUUCCAGGAAUCCCUUCCUCUUCAGCUCAAUAUACCCCUGGUGGGCUCCUGUUUAAGAUGAACGAUAGUAAUAUGCAGUAUGUGACCUCCACCUCGUUCCUGCUAUUGACAUACGCCAAAUACUUAACCUCAGCCCGUAAAGUAGUCGUUUGCGGCGGAACCACUGUCACCCCAAAGACCUUGCGAGCCAUAGCCAAAAAACAGGUGGACUAUUUGCUAGGAGACAACCCAUUGAGAAUGUCCUUCAUGGUGGGGUAUGGUCCACGUUACCCACAAAGAAUUCACCACAGGGGAUCAUCCCUACCUUGUGUUGCUUCACACCCGGCUAAGAUCCAGUGCUCCGCGGGCUUCAGCUUCAUGAAGACCAAGUCUCCUAACCCCAACAUCUUAGUAGGUGCAAUCGUCGGUGGGCCAGACCAACACGACAGGUUCCCGGAUGAUAGGACUGAUUAUGAGCAAUCAGAGCCUGCCACGUAUAUGAACGCACCGCUUGUGGGGUCACUGUCUUACUUGGCCCACUCAUUUGGCCAGCUCUAGGCCACAUGUGGACCCAUCUUUCCAAUACUUUAGGUUUCUUUUUUUAAUUACAUUCUUAAUUAUGUGUCGUUUUAGUAGUAAUGUUUUUUGUAUUGGAAUUGCUGUGGAAGGCACGUGGUUUGAUUGGGUCGAGACCAAAAUGGCUCAAGAACCCGGAAGUUCAAAGCACAUUUGUCUUUGUCAAGGUCCAACUGGCUUUGGUUGUUUUAGAUAUUAUUAUAUAAGUUAGUAUUGUAUUAAGUUUAAUAUUUUUGCCUAGGCUGUGAAAGAGAGCAAAUGCUUCGUGCCUGAACCGGUGUUGCUUUUAGGCUCUUUUUCGUUUCUAAUAGCUAAAUUAAAGGUAUAGAAGCCAAAGGGGCCAUAGUCAUGGGCCAUUUGGUUUGAUAUCUACUUUUUCUAGCAUGUAAUGUUGUUUAUCAGUCAAUUAUAAAAUGAUGUUGCUAUUUUUUUUU